AUGCCAUCAGGCCGGCCAGAGCUGUCUAGGCAGGCUGAUCCUUUGGCACAGGAAUUCGCCAUGCAGGGAAAUCUCAGAUUAGUAGCACAAAAAGAUUGGAAUCAAGGGGCACUAGUUCGUCUGUCUGAUGGUACCAUGAUGGUCUACCAGAUAGAUGGGUUGGUUAACAACAAUUCAAACCAGCAACAUGUGUCUAAGUUGCUAGCUAAUUCUGAAAACCCAUUAUCUAGUGAAAAAGAUAUGGGUAUUGCCACCAAAAGCAUUGACUUGAAAACAACGAACAUGAACAAGGAGUAA